AUGUCUGUACCGCGCAAGGUUUGGUGGUACACAUGGGCUUCCUUCAAGGUCUUUUGUCCUCUCGGUAUUGUCGUUGCUCUUUUCGUCGGUUACGGUUUCAAGAUUAAGUUCUGGCACUUGGGACCUUUCGCUAUUGGUCUCUACGGUGCUAUUCUUAUCGUCGAUUUCCUUGUUCAAACUUCCUGCGCUAUCAUGAACCGUAUCUGGAUUUGGAAAGUUGAGAGAGCCGCUAUUGCGAAAGAGAAGGCUAUGUUUGAAGAUGGCGCUACCGACCGUGGUUACGAGAUUGCUCCUGUUGUCGUCGGUUAUCGUGAGGCUGCCGAGGACUGGAAAGCCUGUCUUCGUACCCUGCGUGACAUGGACUGCCCUGAAGUCAAGGUCGUUAUCGGUGUUUCUGACGGUGACCAAGGUCCUGACCAGGAAAUGGCUCACGGCUUCAAGGAAAACUACCAGGCUAUCACCUCCACCAGGAUCCGCUUCAAGAACUGGAUCGUGGGACACCACCCUCCUAUGGAAGAUGAGGCUCGUUCUUACGCUUGGGUCGAGACUACGAAGGAGGUCAAGAAGAUCUUCAACGAGCUCGAGUUGCACCAAUACAAGGCUGUUUUCUUCACCCAGCCUCACGGUUCUAAGCGUACUGCCAUGUUCACUGGUUUCAUGAUGGCCAUGCAGGGUUAUGAGACCAAGGAUUACCUCUUCACCACCGACUCUGACACCCUUGUCGACAAGAUGGCUUUGACCCACAUGGCUCGUAUCAUGGAGUCCGACCCCAUGAACGGUGGUGUUUGUGGUGACGUCCGUAUCUCCAACAAGACUGGCUCCGUCCUCGCCUUCAUGUCUCAUCUUCGUUACUGGUUUGCUUUCAACAUUGAGCGUGGAUGCCAGUCUUUCUUCAAGUGUGUUACCUGUAUUUCCGGUCCUCUCGGUUUCUACCGUGUUGACCACCUCAAACUCGUUUUGGGUGAGUGGGUUACGCAGUCUUUCGGUGGUAAAGAGACCACCUUCGGUGAUGACCGUCACUUGACAAAUUGUAUCUUGAACGCUGGUUACAACUGUCGUUUCACCCACUUGUCUGUCUGUGACACUGAGACUCCUACCGGAUUCGUCCGUUGGGUCAAGCAGCAGACUCGUUGGUGUAAAUCUUUCUGGCGUGAGGCUUUCCUUUUCCCGCGUAUCUUCGUCUUGCACUCUAUGUGGGGUUUGAUUGAGUUGUCGAAGCAGUCUCUUUACCCUUUCGUGAUCAUCUCCAACGUCCUUCAGUUACUCUGGGAUCCUCUCUCCGGCACCUGGCGUCCUGUUGCUUGGUUCGCUACCAUCUUCGCUGUGGCGUUGAUCAAGUCGUUCAUCGCUGUUGCCUUGACUGGUAAGCCCGAGUUCUUGGGUUUCUCCCUCUACGGCUUCUGGUAUUUCUUCGGUCUCUUGCCAUCCAAGUUAUACGCCAUUGAGCGUUUCUUCCACGUUGGACAUAUUAUCUUCUGGUUCGCUGUCCUCUGUGCCGGUCUUGCCAAGUUCUUAACCGUCCGUAUGGGUGGAGCUAUCUUCGCUAUUGCCGCUUGCGCGGUUCUCAUUCCCACCUCUUUCCUUUACUACGAU